ACAAAAUCACUUGGGCAGCAACAGAGAAGGUUUUUCUGGAAAGGAAGUGGCCAAGAAGGGUCUGGCCAAGAUGACGGGGAGGGUGGAGAUUCUCCAGACUCUGCUAAUGAAGGAAACGGUGCUGGUGAUGGGAGCGAGGGUAACAAUGGAGAUCAGCAAGGGGGCGGGGAGCAACCCCCUAGACACCCAACCGGUCCCGCAAUACCGAUGGUAUCUUUGGCUACAAUGAAUGUUCCUGAAGUCUUCACUCCAUUACCAGUGAUUGCUGUUCAGCGAAAUCCUGUUUUUCCAAAAUUCAUAAAAAUAAUUGAGAUCAGCAACAAACCACUUAUAGAACUUCUUCGGAAAAAGGUGCGUCUAUCCCAGCCAUAUGCAGGUGUUUUCCUUCGGAAAGAUGACACGGAAGUUGACACGGAGGUCAUAGAGGACUUGGAUAAAGUCUACCCUUUGGGUACAUUUGUACAGAUUCAUGAGAUGCAAGAUCUAGGUGAUAGACUUCGUAUGAUCGUUAUGGGACAUAGAAGGAUCAAGAUAACAUCCACAGUAGACAGUGCUGAAGUGUUUCCAGUUGAAGACCCCAAACCCAAGGAGUUAAAGGAGGAGGGUCAAGAGAUGAUGGAAGAGAAGGAAGAUGAUAAAGACAUUACAUCCAUCCCUACAAACCAGGUUUAUAUGGCAGAGGUAGAAAACAUUACGCAUGAACCCUUCAAAACUAGCGAUGAAAUCAAGGCAUUAACUGCUGAAGUGGUAAAGACUGUUAGAGACAUUAUUUCGCUGAAUCCUUUGUACAGAGAGUCUGUAGCCCAGAUGAUCCAGGCAGGUCAGAGAGUGAUUGACAAUCCAGUGUACCUCAGUGAUUUAGGUGCUGCAUUGACUGGUGCUGAGUCGCAUGAGUUACAGGAAGUCCUGGAGGAGAUGAAUAUAACUAAAAGGCUAAUGCUGGCCCUUAAUCUUCUCAAGAAAGAAUACGAAGUGAGCAAACUGCAGCAGCGUCUCGGCAAAGAGGUGGAGGACAAAGUCAAGACGUCACAUCGUCGCUUUAUGCUUCAGGAGCAGCUGAAGAUUAUUAAGAAGGAGCUUGGGUUGGAAAAGGACGACAAGGACGCCAUCGAGGAGAAAUUCAGAGAAAGACUCAAGGGCAAGGAGGUACCUCAACCAGUGAUGGAUGUCAUUGAUGAAGAGAUGAACAAACUCUCCUUUCUUGAUAACCACUCCUCAGAGUUCAGUGUGACCCGUAACUAUCUGGACUGGUUGACCUUGUUACCUUGGGGUGUAUGGAGUGAAGAAAACCUUGAGAUUAAAGAAGCUAAGGAUAUCUUAGAACGAGAUCAUUACGGCAUGGACGACGUCAAGAAAAGGAUCCUGGAAUUCAUCGCAGUCAGUCAGCUGAAGGGAACAACCCAGGGUAAAAUCUUGUGCUUCUAUGGUCCACCAGGGGUUGGUAAGACCAGCAUUGCUAGGUCAAUUGCCAACGCUCUAAACAGAGAGUAUUUCAGAUUCAGUGUUGGUGGUAUGACUGACGUUGCAGAAAUCAAAGGACACCGACGAACGUAUGUUGGGGCCAUGCCUGGUAAAGUCAUUCAGUGUCUGAAAAAAGUCAAGACUGAAAAUCCACUCAUUCUGAUAGAUGAGGUGGACAAGAUAGGCAAGGGUUACCAAGGCGACCCAUCCUCAGCGUUACUAGAGCUACUCGAUCCGGAACAGAAUUCUAAUUUCUUGGAUCACUACCUGGAUGUCCCUGUAGAUCUCAGCAAGGUUCUGUUUAUCUGCACUGCUAAUGUGAUCGAUACCAUACCAGAACCACUUCGAGAUCGGAUGGAACUGAUUGACGUUUCUGGUUAUGUGCCUCAAGAGAAAGUAGCUAUUGCUCAGCAAUAUCUAAUACCUCAAGCUCGUGAGAACACCGGUAUUGACCAAGAUAAGGUCACGAUUGACGAGGAUGUAUUGAGCAUGCUCAUCAAAUCCUACUGCAGAGAGAGUGGUGUACGUAGUCUACAAAAACAUAUAGAAAAAAUAUUCCGCAAAGCUGCCUAUAAGAUUGUGAACAAGGAGGCAGAUGGUGUUGAGGUCAUCACUCAUGAGAAUCUUCAUGACUUUGUUGGGAAACCCAUCUUCACGAGUGAACGAAUGUAUGAUAAAACCCCUGCUGGUGUGGUCAUGGGUCUAGCAUGGACAGCCAUGGGUGGUUCGACUCUCUACAUUGAGUCCGUCGUUCGAAGGAGAGUAUCGGAUGAAAACAAAGAAUCCACUGGCUCCCUGGAGAUAACUGGUAACCUUGGUGAUGUGAUGAAAGAAAGUGUUCAAAUUGCAUACACUGUGGCCAAGUCGUUCCUACUGGCUGAAAAAACAGGCAAUAGUUUCCUGGAGACGAAUCAUAUACAUUUACAUGUGCCUGAGGGUGCCACGCCCAAAGAUGGACCAAGUGCAGGUUGCACCAUAGCAACAGCUCUGACAUCAUUGGCUCUGAAUCGUCCAAUCAGACAGAAUAUUGCAAUGACGGGCGAGGUUUCGCUGACUGGCAAGAUCUUACCGGUUGGUGGUAUCAAGGAAAAGAUCAUUGCGGCUCGAAGGGCCGGGGUGGAUUGCAUUAUCCUACCAGCUGAAAACAGGAAAGAUUUCUCUGACUUGCCCAACUUCAUCACAGAAGGACUAGAGGUUCAUUUUGUGGAGAACUACAUGGAGAUUUACAGGAUAGUUUUUCCAUAAAUAGAAGAUUUAUAAGAAGGCCUUGAGACACACAGCAAUUUUUACAGGCAACAUGGAGGCUACAAACUGGCAGGCCAGAAAUUUCAUGGAAACCAUGGACUCUGUUGCCCUGGUCUUGGCCUUGGUGCCCCUUCAAAAGUUUCCCAUUUACUUUUAGAUUUUUCAAUGGAAGUG